AUGACCAGGGCAGCCAUUGUGGAAAGCAACCUAAAAACAGUGAAAAUUCCGCUAGCCAGCACCUGGGCGUCUCGCCACAGAAAAGGAAACCGCCCCCACGGUGGCGCGCAUCCUCCAGGUUCACGGCAGCUCUGUCUGCCGGAGCUGGGGCAGAAGCACCGUGACGCCCUCGCCAGCAUGCUGUUCCGCUGGCAGCUGGUGUUUGCCCGAGACCUGCGUCUCCCGUCCUUGCAGAGGGCCCUUCUGGGAUGGCCUAGUCUGAGCUGUCGUUAUGCGCAGAUUUUAAGGGAGAGACUGAGAGAGUCCGUCCACGACGUCCAGUACGUGGAGCCCCCGCUGGAUGACUCCAUCGUGGACAUCGGCAAGGAGUGGAAGAGCGCCCUGGCCAAGCUCAAGUUCGCGAACUCCUACAGGAUGGAGCCGCUCAGGAAGUUCCAGGCGCACUCGGUGGAGGCCAGAGUGCAGCAGCUGCUGAAGGGUGACUUUCUGAGGUACGCACGCAUCUUUAUUGGAAAAAGGAAACGCUGUGGGAGAUUCUUCUAUCUCAGUUGGUCUUUCGGGGACCCCUCCCCCCAGGUGGCCAGCCGGUGGAUCUGGGACGUGGCCUGGGACAGCUGGGUGCAAGCCAAGCACGAGACGGAGAGCUACGUGGCCUUGGCCCUAGUGUUCGCGCUGUACUGUGAGUAGGGUUCCCGCGCCUCGAGUCGCUGCCGGCGCAGGCCCGCCGCGGGAUGGUCACCGCGGCCGAGGCCCGACGUGUCGACCCAGUGAGGGCUGCGCUGUGCGUCCCCCUCAGCAGUCUCGCGUGUGAACAUCCGGUUACCGCAAGCACAGGGCUGCUCACAGGCCGGAAUACGGGGCUGGGCCUCAUGGCCAUCGGGGAGGACACCGAGAGCUUGCGAAGGAAAUGGCGACGUCACUGUAAAACGUUGAAUAAAGGAAAUGUUGGGACAGAUGUCCGAAGGCGUCUAACGCAGGUGUGGUGUGGACGUGACGCCGCCUUGGGGAGGGGCGCGGCACUCGGCGGGCUCGAUGUGGUCAGCGCCCGCCGUCCGU